AGGUUUUGAUACAUGCUCGCCAUGAAGAAAGCUUGAAGCAUUGAAGUUUAAGGAUGCCGACGGAUUGGUGCCUAUGUUUAAUCUGUGGGAAACAUGUCAAAGCAGCAGAAUGUCGAUCAAUAGCAAAGUUACCAAGAGGGACUGUUGCAUUUCUUUGCUGCCUUGCGAUGGGAUAUGGUUUACGUUUGGAAGUGGCAAAAAUGAUACUCAAAGAUGAGGACUUGAAGGAGAGGUACUCGUGCAGAAAGCAUUACAUCCAGGCCGCCUUCUGGCUGUGUGAGACAAAUAACAGUGUUCCGAAGAAGCCUAGAUUGGAGCGUUCCACUUCGUUCGUCGUCAAUAGCGCCUUACUAAAGCGAAUACAGGAAUGCGCGACUUUUUUUGGUGACCACAAAGUGACAAAACAUGAUGUACAUUUCUUCUUUAAUGACUGCAAAAUGCGUUACUGUACCGCUGGCGGUUGGACAAUUGUUGGUGCGAAAGAAAGGAAAGAGGUGGCUGCACAGGCCAGAAAAUUGGCAUCAGAGAAGAGUGGAAAGCUGUCGGUUGAAAUAAAGCCUGAGUUGCUAUCCGAGGAGGAGAUACGGGAGCGGGUGACCGAAGGAUUAAGCGAGGAUCAAUUGUUGGCUUUACGAAGGGCGAAGUGUUUCUUGUGCAAGGAAUUGAAAACGAUUAAACACUUGCGUCAAAGCCCUUUGACGAAAAGCACUUUAUUAGUUCUGCUAUCUUGUUUACUCAUCAAUGAGAAAAUCGAUGUGGAGAAAGCGAAAACCUUAUUUACAUCUUUAUUUACCGAACGUGGAUUAUGGAUCUGUAAUGAGCAUAUCUUUUCUGUGGAUGCAUACCUUCGGAAGAAGUGGGGAAAGAAGUUUGGUGAGCAGAUAGAAGCAUCUUUUGUUGGCAGUGAAAUAUUGGAAGAUGAAACUUACACUCGUUUGGUGGAGGUCUCCAAGUCUAUCACUCAAUAUGACGAACGAAGAUGGAAAAUGACGGCUACUUUAACUCAAUUCUUCAUUGAUUUUCAAAAGAGAUAUAAUGCAAAAACGAAAGCAUUUAGGAAACAGGCUGAAGAGUACCGACUUUUGGUGCAGAAGUUUGUAGAUGGAUGUGAUGCCGAUGGAGCAAUGACAGACCCUUCUUGUCUUUUUGCGCAAAAGAAGUUGGAAGAUCAAGAAUCUGCUUUCUUGUGCUUCCUCAAUAAGCCAUUCCAACUUGAUGACCCUGAACCUUCUGCUUCUGACCCAGAAAUGCCGCAGCUGAUGCCUAUGGUUUAUCCUAUGGUAGUGAAAGGUGAAGUUUGCGGCAAUUUCAUGCACGAUAAUGGCCUCCACAAUGGACCACAAGUGGAAGAUGUCAACCACUUAGAGCAUGUCUUUGAUGACGAUGGUGACGACGGACGAAUUGUCAAAGAUGCCAAAGAGAAUGUUGGGUCAGUCGCUGUCGCGGAUGCGGACUCCGAUGACCGGAGCCGUGUAAAAAUGGAAAAAGAACAAGAAGAUCUAUCAAGAUCCGACAUAGAGAUGGAGAAUGACUACGAGAUUAUAGCUGCUUCCUCGUUUACGAAUGCUCAGUUUUUGGAUCCUUCCAGCGUAAAAUUCGGCAAGGAUGAAACAACUUGGAUCUCUGGGAAUACAUUAGGGUCUGGCAGAGCACAAACAAAGGAUUGGCGUGAAAAAUUAGUUGGUUACAAUAAUCUGGUGAAGUCCUUGAGCCCUUACGACGAUAUCAGGGAUUUGCACGCUAAUUGUAUGCAUGUACCCAUCAACGAAACACAAAAGCAAGAACGCUUCGAGAUAAUUUCCUCCUUAUCUAUCAGGAAUCAUAGGGCACCAUUCCUUUCCGGACUCAUCACAUGUGCGUCUAAGCGGAUCCACUUUGAGAGUCAUAAACGUGCAACAUUGAUGUGCACGGACAGUCUUCCUGGCCAAAGUGUUCUGUAUACCAUCUGGUGGUCAUCCACUGGGAUACUCUAUCAUGCUUUUUCGCAAGAGAGCUACAACUUCCAUUCACAAAUGAUGACUGUACCCAUUCUCAUGUUUCAGCUGGAUCAAGUAGUUAAAUCUUGUCAUUUUGAGAAUAUUGGCGAAUUUGGGCCAAUUCUCCUAUGUGACGAACCGCGCGAUUAUAUGACUACUGGGGUGAUAGCCAAAUUACACGAAUACAAUUUCGAGAUCCUUCCAUACCCUCUGGGCUCCAAAGAUCUAUUACCUUCUCACUACUACUUCUUUAAGCGUCUCUUUGAUUACAUUGAGGGAAGGAAUUACAAAUACCUUACUAACCUGAAAGCUGACCUCAAUAAUUUUCUUCGUACAAGACCUAGCAAUUUCUUUGCUGCUGGGAUUAAUGAAUUAUCAUGGCGAUGGAAUUGCUGUGUUGCUACAAAAGGCGAACGUGUGAAACUCUGACCUCUUUUUUAUUAUUUCUGAUCUCCAGCUCUUUAUAACAGAAUUGAAUAUACUGCCAAGGUUGGUGCAAAAAUGGCUGCUCAACAUACACCACGUUUGGGCUUCUUUUUUGCAAAACUCGG